ACCCUCUCGUAUAGGAGGACAGUUGGCUGUCCUCAUAAAAAUAAACCCUAUAAAACCUUUUCUCAGCAUGUUUUAAUACCCAAAAAGUGGUUUUCUCAAAAGUCCUUAUGUACCAAAAACCUGACAUAUUUUGUAUAUUUGUGUGUCCGCCACUGCCCCCUAUCGGUGGUCGUGGUCCCUGCAUGCUGCGACACACAAGCGCGGGAAAUUAUACACAACGCGGGAAAUUAUACACAACGCGCGAAAUUAGACGCUAAAUCAACACUGCGCAUGCUCAUACUGAUUGGCUGGAUAGAAGACAGCUGCUACACCUGUGAUCACCAGAUUCAUUUGCUGGGAGUUCUUCUGGAAAUGCACGUUGUGGAGAGAAGUAACUUCUGUCAUGCCACGGAGAACUACUCUUCUUCAGGAUGCCACUAAUCACAUCCUUGCAGGAAGAGACAAGAAUUCAAUGUUAGAGAUCAAAUAUAUUAAUCCAGUUAAAGGUCGUGGUAUCUUCACUUUAGCUGUUUUCAAUCAAGGAGACUUUGUGGUGGAGUAUAGAGGGGAGCUCAUUGAUGCAGCUGAAGCUGAACAUAGACGUAAACUGUACCACAAUGCAUGUUCGAUCUUCAUGUUUGACUUCACAUGGAAGCGGAAGACAUGGUGUAUUGAUGGAGCACUUGAAGAUGGGUCAUUUGGACGACUGGUAAACGAUGAGCACAAGGCACCAAAUUGCAGAAUGAAGUUGAUCGAAGCAGAUGGGAAGCCACAUCUCUGCCUUUUUGCACUGAAGGAAAUUAUGGCUGGAACUGAAAUCACUUAUGACUAUGGUGGGAAAGAAUGGCCCUGGCGUAAAGAGACACAACUCAGUGGUGGAAGUUUCCCUUCUGGCCAACACUCCGUUGCAGAGCUUAGUGACCACGCCCAUGACUUGGAACCCAAUGUUUUCUCUACAGACUUAUUCAGAGACACCGAAUUGAGAGCAGAGUGUCAGUCAUCCACUCCCACACCAGACAACCCUGCGCAUGAGGUGCACUGUGUCAGAGGUCAGUGUGGCACUUCUUCUGCGAAAGAGGGGAUUGGAGAAGUUGGUGUCCAGCACCAGGAGGUGUUAUCCCCUGUGUUCUCAGCAGAGCUUGCCAGUGAGACUGAAUCAAGGUCAGGGUGUCAAUCAUCCAGAGCCGCGCCAAAUGACUCUGCUUGUGAGGUGCACUGUGUCAGAGGUCAGUGUGGCACUUCUUCUGCGAAAGAGGGGAUUGGAGAAGUUGGUGUCCAGCACCAGGAGGUGUUAUCCCCUGUGUUCUCAGCAGAGCUUGCCAGUGAGACCGAAUCAAGAUCAGGGUGUCAAUCAUCCAGAGCUAUGCCAAAUGACACUGCUUGUGAGCGAAAUAGUGGAAGCUUCCCUUCUGGCCAACACUCCGUUGCAGAGCUUAGUGACCACGCCCAUGACUUGGAACCCAAUGUUUUCUCUACAGACUUAUUCAGAGACACCGAAUUGAGAGCAGAGUGUCAGUCAUCCACUCCCACACCAGACAACCUUGCGCAUGAGGUGCACUGUGUCAGAGGUCAGUGUGGCACUUCUUCUGCGAAAGAGGGGAUUGGAGAAGUUGGUGUCCAGCACCAGGAGGUGUUAUCCCCUGUGUUCUCAGCAGAGCUUGCCAGUGAGACUGAAUCAAGAUCAGGGUGUCAAUCAUCCAGAGCCACACCAAAUGACUCUGCUUGUGAGUGUACAAUCCAUAAGCUGGUUUUUGAAUCGGUGAGAAUUGACAAAUGCUGGAUAUGCCAUUCACCUUUCACAUCUAUCAGAUGGCACGGUGUAAGAUGCAAACAAUGCUGUGGUGUGUGGCACAAAAUCUGCCUCCAGAAGUCCUCAGAAGACUGGGAUAUAUCAGAUGAUGAUGUCUCAUCUGGUGAUGAGUACAUCCCAGAGUCUGUAUCGGAUUCAGAAAGCUCAGGAACAGAGUUGAGUGCCGAGUUGGCUGAACCAUCCAAGAAGUCCCAUACCAAUAUGCCUGAUUUAGUUACUUUUGCUCACCCAGAACCAGAAAGCUCAGAGUCUGUAUCGGAUUCAGAAAGCUCAGGAACAGAGUUGAGUGUCGAGUUGCCUGAACCAUCCAAGAAGUCCCAUACCAAUAUGCCUGAUUUAGUUACUUUUGCUGAACCAGACCCCGAACCAGAACCAGAAAGCACUGUGGAUAUUCUUGGCCAAAGUAAAUCCCCAACCAAAUCAGGAAAAUUCCUUAAAAGCCAAGUCAAUUAUUGUUUUGUAUGUGGGAAACCUCAAACAAAAUUUGCACGUCAUCUCGAGAAGCAUGUAAAUGAAAAUGCUGAAAUCGCACAGGCACUCCAGUUCCCCAAAUCAUCAAAGGACAGAAGGGUUCUUCUUGAGAAAUUCCGAAACCUUGGCAACUUCAAGCAUAACUCGACUGUUAAAACCACAGGGUCAGGCUGUCUUAAAGUGAAAAGGAGUUCCAAACAGAGUAGCAGCCCUGAGACAUAUGAUUACUGCUUGUACUGUAAGGGUAUGUUAUCCAGAAAAGAACUUUCUCGACAUAUGAAAAGAUGUGCUCUAAGACCCGAGAAUAAUGUUGAAGAGGGACCUGAGUGGACAGAGAGGGUCAUUGGUAUAGCAUCUGCUCAAUUUACAAUGUCCCAGCCAAUUUCAAGUGAACUUUGGUCAGUGCUGGGCAAAAUGCACAAGGAUGACGUGUCCACUGCAAUAAGGAAUGAUCAUUAUCUCAUGCAGUUUGCCCAGUCCCUCUUUAAUAAGCAUGGGAGUGACAGAUCAAAGCAUGAGUAUAUAAGACAGAAAGUAAGGGAACUUGGGAGAUUACUUGUGACUUUGCGCCACACAACUAGAAUCCAUAACAUGGAAGAGGCAAUAAAACCAGGCAACUUCUUUACUCUUACUGGUGCUGUUAAGAGAGUUUCAGGUUUUGAUCACCAACACAACACAUUCAAAGCCCCAAGUCUGGCUCUUAAAAUUGGGCAUUCUCUCAGAAAGAUAAGUGACCUCAUCAUGUGUCGUGCCCUAAUGGAAGAGGACCAAGAGGGGGUCGAUUCCAUCAAGAGGUUUCAUACACUUCAUGAAACAAAGUGGUCUGAAUUAGUUUCCCAUUCUGCCUUAUCAAACCUGAGUGAGGCAAAAUACAAUAAGAGCACCAGGCUUCCACUGGCCAAAGACGUUCAGAAGCUGCAGUUAUAUCUUGGUCAGCAAGUGGAAUUGGCUAAGGAGAAACUAGCCGAUAACCCAACAGCAGGCACUUAUGCAGCACUAGCAAAGGUGACCCUCUGUCAAGUCAUUUUGUUUAAUAGGAGAAGGGAAGGUGAAGUGGCAAGGAUGACUGUAAACAAUUUUGAAGAUCGUGAUGUGUCACAACUAAAUGAUGACAUAAGCACUGGGCUUACAGAAGUUGAGAAGAGACUUUGCAAACAAUUCGCCAGAGUGGAAUUGAGGGGGAAAAAAGGACGAAAGGUUGCUGUGAUCCUGACCCCUGAUAUGACUGCUAACCUGUCACUCCUCAUUAGUAAGAGGAAAGAGUGUGGAGUAACUGAAAACAACAAUUACCUCUUCGCUAUUCCUUGUAGUGAUGGUCAUUACAGAGGACAGUUUGGUCAAUUUGCAGAUGCUUGUGGAGCCGAAGAUCCUCAAAACCUCAGAUCAACUAACCUUCGCAAACAGAUCGCCACAAUAAGCCAAGUCAUGAACUUGAAAGAUAAUGAACUGGACCAGCUGGCCGACUUUCUCGGCCAUGACAUUAGGGUGCAUAGGGAGUACUAUCGACUGCCCCAAUCAACGAUUCAGCUGGCUAAGAUCUCAAAGCUGCUUAUGGCUAUGGAGAAGGGAAGUGUGAAGGAUAUUCAAGGAAAAUCUCUGGAUGAAAUUGGUGAUGACAUAGACAAAAUGGAUACAGGAUCACAGCAACUCCCUAAUGUUUCCACAUUGCAAGACAAUGAAGAAAUGUUGACUUCUGGGACUUUUGGAUCACCUCAUCUCUCCGAGACUGCAGCUCAAGAUGACCAUGGGAACUCUGCCUCUGUAACUUCUGGUUCACCUCAUCUCCCUGACUCCGUUACUCAAGGUUUCUGUGUUUCAUCAAGGCGGUGUACAAAGAGACCAUGGUCUGAGGAGGAGAUACAAGCGGUGAUGAAACAUCUAAGGCCUUUUGUUGAAAACGGUGUCACUGCCACCAGCGGGCAGUGCCUGGAGUGCAAGGAAAAGGAACACCCUAUCUUGGAGACCAGAUCCAUUCAAAACAUUAGAGAUUUUGUCCGCAACAGAGGCUUGGCCUUUAAAAGGCAUUCAAAUGCUAAACGCUAAAUGCUCUUUUGGAUAGCUUGAGCCUUUACCUUUCUAGGCAUGUUUUACAAGUUGGUGUCCUGUGUUCAGAAAUGGGUUAGGUCACUUCAUUUAUUUUGCUCACAGGCAGUUUUUUGUUUUGUUUGUUUUGCUUUGUGGUUAGCCUGGGCCUUUUAAUGUCAGGAUUCACUUUUAUUUUCCUUUAUUAUUUUUUAAAAUGCUGUCCUUGUUAAGGAAGGAAGAGAUUCUUGAGGUGAUCAAAUAUAGUUCAGUGAUUCAACGAAUGUGUUGUGUGUUAAUAAUAACAAACCUAGUUAAGUAGUAACAUUUGGCCCACGGGUAGGUAGACCCCAUCAGAUAAGAGCCGUGGUGUAAUCUGUAAACUUUUGUAACUUGACAAUUUGAUUGGAGGUACUGAUGUUUUCUAUAGGAAGAAGUGUAGAAUGGAGUGAUUGUGCUGCCUGUGUACAUCAUCUGCAAAUGAUGUCUCAAUCUGAUGUUAUUCACACUUAUUUCAACUUGGGUGCCAAAUUGUAAUGCACAACAGAUGUCAACAAAGAAAACAA